AGGUCAGGGGAAGCCCAUCUAUUCUUGUGCCUACUUGGAUGUUUUCUCUGUCGGAAUAAAGCUUUUUGUGGAACAAGGAGAAACAAGCUUGUGGAAAUCAUUUUGACAAAAGGAGUCUGAACAUUUACAAGGAAACUACUCCUAAAAUACCCUUUCAUUAUUCUGCAGUGCAGAAGACUUUUCCAUAAUGUGACAGCAUGUAAAACCAGUGAAGAUUGCUCUCACAAGGAUUCUUCUAACAGCUGGAAUCCAGCAUCCAUUAAGUCAUACUGAUAUCCAACUAGCAGAAUUGUUAACUGUGAAAGAGUAUAGAUAAAGGUAAAAAGUUACCCCGUGCCUUCAAGCUCUGCAACAUUAAUUAGUAUUAACAAAUGACUAUGAUUCAGCAACAUCUGAUCUAGCAGUGCUGGUCACAAGACAACUGAAAGAAUGCUGAAAGGUGAUCUGGAAUCACCACCUAAUUUAAAAAUUCUACAACAGGGAAGCAGGACCACAGAUUCUGUCAGAGAAUAGCAUUGCCAACAUUUUGCCAAAAUGAGUUUUACAGCAAAGCAGCCAUUGCAGAAUGAUCCUACUAUGAACAGCCAGCAUGUAAGAUCUUUGAGUCCUGUAGGGAAGGACAACAGUGCUCAUACAACAGCUACACAGCUGCAUUUUAAUUUUGAAGACAACAAACAACUGCCUCUUGAUGUCUCUAAUACUGUCCCAUUGAAAAGUCCACCAGAACCAUCAGGACAUAUGGAACCUACAGGGGCUGUAUACAAUGUAACAUCUGCUGAUCUACCCCUAACAACAAAUGAGGCUGUGAAACAAGUGCUAGUGGAUUCAUGUCUGCUCCUAGUCAAUCCAGAAGGCAAUUUACAACAUUCAGAAGAGUCUGUAAAUCCUGCUCAGGUAGCCAGAGCAUCCAUAACACUUGAUAAGGAAAUGUUUUGUAAAACAGCACUGCAAGUAGUGCAGCUAGAAAAUGAUUUAACUAUUGUAAAGGAAAGCGAAGGACUUUCUCAGUCUAUCCCAGGAGGUACAAUGUUGGAAAGCAUUUUACCAGACUCUGGGCCUUCUGCGAUUCUUCAGAAAAGUGAAAUAAAAAGAUUUGAUGAAAAAGAACAACAUUGUCAUUUGAAUGAAGUAACUACCACACCUAAAGCAACUUUCUCUAUAAAAACUUUAGAAAAUGAGGCAAGAAUUGUUCAGUGCUCUAGAACUGAUUCUCACUCUGCUCUAAAGGAGACUCAGGAUGAGGUGACAUUUGAGAUAGAUAGCCUUCAAGAAGCAAUAAAAACUACAAACUGUAGAGAUGUGCUACAGUCAUCCAUGACAACAAGAAAGAGAGAAACAGAAGUGCCAGAAAAAGCAAUAAUAUCUGGAAUCCAUUUAGAAACCCAGAUAAGCACAAUGAUGACUUCUAAGUGUAAUUUAGAUACCACAUUUCAGUCUUCAGACAGACUGAAUAAAUCCCUAAAUUCAGUACUCCAGGCUGAAAAGCUAGAUGUCAGUAAAGAAUAUUUUUCUCCAGAAGAUGUACAGGAUCAACAAGCUGUAUGUAAAUUUAAAGAAAUAGCAACUAUGACCACUGACUUUGAUAGUAGUCCCUUAUUGCAGAGAUGCUUACGAAGAUCUUGUGAUGCUGAGGUCCAGGCCGUAGCAAGUGUCCAGAACAAAUCAGCUGCCACCAGUCCAAGUCUUCUGCUGACAGUUUUGAAAGGAAGUUCCUCCUGUGACACAAAGGAGGAAAACAUCCAUUUGCAAGUAGUUUACAGCCCACAAGUACAGUCAAGCCCAGCAAAAGACUGUUCAGAAUCUGGUGUUGUAGACGAUGUUUAUAUGCCAGCAUCAUCUUUAUCAUAUCCUAAUUAUGUUGACUCACAUAGCACUAGUGCAACAGUAAACCCUGAAAAGCAUGUUGUUAAUCAGAACUCGUAUUCUAUUCCCACCUCAAAAACAAGAAAUCAGAUAUUAGAAACAUGCUCAAAAGCUGCUUGUCAAAAUGAGGAAGGAUUACAAACAGUAUCAGAAGAUUGUUUGAAGGUUGCAGAAGUCACAAAUAAUAACUCCCAGCCAUCACUGAGCUCGACAUCCACACUUUCUGAAGCAAAGCCUGUGUACCAAAUCAACAUUCAGACUAGCAGUCGGUCUGGAGAGACUUGCAGCCCCCUUGGUGUUAUAAAGCAACCUUUUCAAUCUGCUGCAGCUCAAAAGGCUAGCACUUCAGAAAAGAAGCAGCCAUCUUCUCCUUACACUACCUCUCCUAAAACACAGCCUUCAGAAGCCGUGAGCACAACAGAUAAUAAGAGCAAUGAAGUGCUUCAGGUAAAGCUAGGUAAUGAACCACAGUGUGUUCAAAGUAAUACUGCUUCAGAUUUGAAAGAAGUUUCUUCUCUUUCAAAUGUCAGCCCCCCAGAAGAAACAAACAGUCACAUAACAGGGGAAAAGUCCACACCUGUAGUCAUCUGUAGCUCAGAAGCAGUGCAGAAUAAGCGUUCUGAAUGCAGAAAAGGUGAAAUCCCGGCAGACAUUGUUACUGAGCAGAGCAGUAAGCCUGGAAAGGUAAAUUCAGUCUCUAAUAAGACACAGAUUUGUGCUGUGUUAGUUGAAAAUAAAGCUGUGAAAUCUAUGCCGCAGGCAGAUAUGAAAAGCAAAAACAGUCAGGAAUCCAAGCCAAUCACAUCAAAAAAGUCUGCUGGUAAUAAUGGCAAAACUACUUCACUAGAUUCCAGUAAAGGAGCAAAAAGUAGUCAGUCAGACUCUAAACCUACAAAGCGUGUUCGAGAUGUUGUAUGGGACGAACAGGGUAUGACCUGGGAAGUUUAUGGAGCAUCCCUGGACCCUGAAGCUCUGGGAAUUGCUAUUCAGAAUCACCUAACACGGCAAAUAAGAGAACAUGAGAAACAAAUGAAAGCACAAAAUCAAAACAGGAAGUCCAUUUCUUCAGACACAUCUUCAAGUAAAAAAAAUAAAAGACGUCAGAGCAAUGUAUUCAGAUCAGUGUUGCAGACUGUCCGAAGGCCAAACUGCUGUGUGCGCCCAGCACCAUCUUCUGUAAUAGACUGAUGGUACUCCGGGCUAACUUAAGUUUAUGUGGUCAUUCAGAUAUUUUAUUUUUUGCAAACAUCCAAUCUUGGGUCUCAGUGACAGAACUCUAAGUAAACAGCAGCUGGGUACUCAGCACUGAUAUUUGUGAGCUGUAACGUGAGUAUACAUUGAUGAGAGAUGUGUGAGGCAUUCCGCAAUAAAGUUUUAAUUCACUGAGAUAUUUUUAGUUCUAAUCAUUUUCAGACAUUGAGAUAACCUGAAAAUGAGAACAUAAUGCAAUAUAAGACUUUGUCAUGUUUUCAAUCACUUAAAAAUAUGUGCAGGAGAGAUCUUAUUGUAAAGCUACUUUUAUUUAAUAUGAGGGCAGUUUUUAAAGCAAAAACAACACAGAAUGUGUUAUUUAUAUAGUAUAGUGUUUCCACUUAAUACAUUUAAAACUAGAUUAUAUUAUUGUAGUUGCCAACAUCUAAUCUUCAAGGAAAAUGCAUGAAGUGUAUGUUACCAGCAUUUUUUUAUAACUUUCUUUCAGCACCACUCCAAAGUAGAUUGAACAGGAUCAGCACUUUACAUUUCCCUAAUAAAAUAUUAUAACUAGCGAACAAUGUAA